GUGCGCUUGUCACUGUUGUGGGCAUCGCUUUCGGUCAGUGUUCGUGUCACCUGGUCGUGCUUUCUGUGCUGUCAUUGCGGGGAUGUUGUUCCGUCCGACCCCUAUGUGUUUGUCAAUGAAACACUACAGAUAAAUUGUACCCUGACAUCACCGCACGAAACGAAAAAUUCUUCACAUUUGUACUUUGAACACGCUGGAAAACCCGUCAAUGACACUUACUAUGAAUUGGUGGAUGAUAAAACUCUGUCAUUCCGGAAAGUUGCGGAAUUUGCAGACGCUGGAGCAUACUAUUGUUAUCGUGAUGAUAUGAGUGGUCCGAUGGGCAUUGUCGGAGGGCAGGUAGCAUCGGUGGACUACGCACCACAAGUGGUGACAGAGCUACAGUGUGUGUGGUACCAUUGGAAGGAGAGGCUUGAGUGUACCUGGGAGUUACCGCCCUAUGAUAUGAAGUAUAUUGACGUCGAAUUCAUAUGGUACAAUGGCGCUAUGGGGCUUUGCUCGAAUAUGAGUGAUAACAAGACGACCUGCAUCUUUCAUUCCGACAUCAUUCUCGACACGAGUCCCUGGUUUUUCAAAAUCACAGUCACCAACACUAGACUGAAUGUUUCCGCGGUCGGUCCGUAUAUUGAAAAGAUCCAGCAUGAAAAUGUUAAACCGAACAAAGUUGAUUGGUUUGGUUACGAGUAUGUAGACAAUAGCAGUUGUGUUCUACUAAAGUGGAGUUAUGACCCUUUUAUAAGUCGGUCCAGGAAGAAACAGUUCCGUGUACAAUACGUGUCUUCAUCUGGCGAACAAAAGGAGGAGAUUAAUGAAGAUACGGGUAGCAGUAUGUUGGUAUGUGACCUUGACCCUGACACCAGUUAUACGUUCACUAUAGACGUGAAGGCGGUCAGAUCGCACUAUUACAGUGAUCCUGUCACCAUUUCUGUUACAACUGACGAGGACGUUCCACUAUCGGCCCCGGAACUCCAGCAGGGGGCAUAUCAACGUAAUAUCUUCAAUUGUCUGAAUGACUCAAAUGGCUACCAUGAUGUCAACAUAUACUGGAAGAAAGUUCCCAGGGAUGAAGCUCGUGGAGUCAUAGUUAAUUACAUCAUAAAUACAUCGGAGUACCAAUCAGCAGACGAGAUCAACGCCAGGACUGAGUAUAUGGAAACUAAUUACUCGUCCAACUAUUUGUCGGGUACAGUACAUCUCAAGUGUGGCGCCCCCUAUAUCAUCAAAAUGACAGCAGCAACAAAAAAGGGAUUAUCAAAAACGUGGUCUUAUCUGCGAAUUCCACCAUUCUCCAGGAAAGGACCCUCUCCCCCUCCCGUGUUUGUGGAGGAGGGCGGGGAGGAGUACAAAGUGAACUUUGCUACCUCUCCUUUAGAUGGACAGACGGGGUAUACCAUAUUUUACUGCCAACGUAAAAACAAUACUCAUUGUGAGGGAGAACUCUUGUCUACUGAGAUGAAACCAACGGACACUCGAUACGCUUCAGUGGUUGUGCCAGACACAGAAGUGGAGUACUUGUUCGGUGUGUCACGUGACUUCAAUUUCUUCGGAAGUGGCUUUGUUCUAAUCAGUUGUGUUUAUCACAAAACCGCAGUACCACCUCCACCUUCUGGUAUUCGGGUUAGUUCUCGUGAUUCCUCUCAAGCGAUGGUUACGUGGAAUCACGUGACAUGCUCAGAAAAUACCCCAUUAAUUUUCUUCUACACAAUAAAAUGGUGCAAAAUUUUCAAAGAAAAGAUCCAAGACGAAGAUACCUGUAUCAAUAGAAUCCUGACAAUACCACUUCAUCAAUCUGCACUCUUUCUACUGGAGGAGAUAGAUACUGACUAUACGUACAGCGUACAGAUCCGUAGUUCAUCUGCUGUUCAGUCAAGCGUAUUCUCCGAUCCGGUGUACUUCACACUGACCCAGAAAGACACUGUGAAUUCUUGUGAGAAGACAACUUACCUCACACAAGACGUUUUAGAAAUGUGUCUGAUUGUGGUCGUCGCUCUUCUCUCGGUCACGUGUAUCGUCUUACUGAGCUGUUUCUUCAGACACAGAAGCCGGCGAGAAAAAGGUGACAAAUUUAAAUCCUGAGAAAGUUAGAAACUUCCUGAAGAAGAGAACAGUUCACACAAAGCCAGAUUUCAAAUACAUAAAAUAACCAAGGUCAUGCGCCUUUUGCGACAAACAAAUAUGGAACAACUUGCACUUCCAUCAGGGAAAACAAAGAAAAUCCGAAAUUUUUUUUGAAUUAUUAAAUUUGGAAAUAU